GAUUUCAAGACUUUACCCCAACACGCACAAUGUCAACCUCCACUUCUCAAUACAAUGCACCAGCUACUCCACUUCGAUACGAUCGAUUCUCAAACCCAAACCGAGCUUCUUCAAGUGGAUAUCAACCACAACCUUCAAGUGCACUACGAAAUCCAUACUGGCCAAGUCCAUCCAAGAAAUCACAAAUGAUCUAUGGAACACCACCGAUCACACGAACGCCUUCUAGAAUCCCAGCACCCACUACACCGGCUCGUAGUGAAGGACCCCCGACUGAUACGAGUGUGACUUACUUACCACAUCAAGUUGUAGGACGAGAUCCUGAACUGUUAACACUUUUGAAUCAACAUCAUGAGAUGCUUGAUAGAGUGAUUGAUCAGUACAGUCAACUGAAACUAGAAUCAGCACAUACACUACAUGUAGAGAUGUCAACUUAUGAACACGGUCGAACUCAAGCUAAAUGUAAGCUACAGGUUUUACAAAAGUUAGUGAGCGAAGGAAAUGAAAAGGCAGAGCGAUUGAAACAAGAACAAUCAGAAGCGAAGAAGAGAGUGAGAGGAUUAGUAGAAGAUCGUAGAACGAUGGAAUUGAAAUCGACCGAAUUGAAAGAAAUGGCACAUGAACUUCAAAGGAGAAAACAAAUGCUUGAAGAUCAAAAGGAGAUUAAGAAGAAACAGGUAGCUGAGGUGAUUGAGAUGGCUAAGGAAGAGUCUAAGUUUUUGGAAGAGAUCACUGGCUUGAAGAUCAGUGUGAUUUCAGUUGAUCAGCUGAGGUUUCAAUUCAAGUUGAUUGAUAUGAAUAACUACGAACGUCCAUUUACUCUUGACCUUGAUCUAUCUUCAUUCGAUUAUCAAAUCCUGGCUAUCGAACCGCCUUUGCCGGAAGCUCAAUCACUUCUUAAACAAUUGAAUCAAACUCGUGACUUUCGACAAUUCCUUUGUAGGAUCAGACAAUGCUUUGUUCAACUCGCUCGAACUCGAUAAUCUAUUUCUGGUCAUCAUGACCAAGUCUCGUGGACCGAACUCAAGGGGAAAGAGGACCGUCCUCUCGAACAACCAUAAAGUGAUGGAAUUGAUGAGGUUGAAAAGUUGAUGAAGACAUCUUCCAAAUCCUCAAAUCAAGGAGUAGUACCAUCCAAGGUGUUCAUCAAAUCGUUGUAAUAUCCUUCAAUCUUUAAAGUCUCUUUCAUUCUCUUUCAUGCGUACGUGUCGGCUCCUGUGUUACAAUUUGACUUGAUUGGUCAAAGUUGUAACCUUUUUGUUUUUAAGAUAACUAGCAUUGUACCCUUCACGAGUGAUUUUUGUAAUAUAUGUAAUCUUGGGUCAAUUUCAUGCGGAGUAUGUUUCU